CCCCGCGAUAUCGAUUCGCUCGCGAUGUUCUCUUCGUCUUCAUCUCGUGGCUUCCUCUCCUUCUCUUCGUCUCGCCUGCUCCGCAGUCGCAGCACGGCAGGCAGCGCAACAGCUCUCACAUCCACCCAGCCGCCGCCCGUCACGUUCAUCGCCAAUGUGAGCCACUCCGACCAGCGCCCAAGAGGCCAGAUCCACCAUGUGCAACCGUCGGCAGCCUCAUCUGUCACCUUUCGGCGGGCCAUGUCUGUGCAGCCUGGCGGCAGGGCGCAAGAUCCACCGGCCGAGAGCUUCCACCCCGACAUGGAGCCCCCGACCUAUGAAUCGGACGUUGGCAAGAGCGCAUCGUCAUCCUCGAGUUCGUCGCAGGUGCCCUUUGGCUUCCAGAGUGUCGCUGAAGACGUCAAGGCACGGCUGGUCGGCAACGUUUUCACAAGUGUGGCAGACAGGUCGGUGGGAAGGUGGGUGGAUGAAUGUGCUACCUACAUCGAUGAGGCCGUUUCAUAGAUCCAUCUUUGUCUGUGUGCUGCGCGAUUUGUGUUGAUGCAGAUACGAUUUGAUGAACGAUCUGAUGAGUGGCGGCGUCCAUCGCAUCUGGAAGGACCAGCUGGUCGACCUCAUCGGUCAGCCAUUCACCACACACUCAGGCAUCGCACUCUCUCACGCUGAAGUUGUUUUGCGUGCAUAUGCAGAUCCGCCCCUGCAGCCGUACACCGAGCCCCCAGCGGCGCCCUUUCAUGUGCUGGACGUGGCCGGAGGGACGGGGGACAUCGCAUUUCGUGUCAUCCGGAAGGUCGAGAACAAACUCAAUCCGCCUCCCUUUCCCCGUAAGCUCACUGACGGCACGAACAAGAAGCUCCUUUGCCAGCUCCAUGCAUCUACACACGAUGGAUCGGUCAGAGUCGUUGGUGGAGGUCGGUCCUCUGCGACCUCUCGGGUCCCUGGCGCAGUGCUCCCUCCUCGCCAGCCUGGUGCAUCCAAGGAGAGCCUCCUCAUCUGAGUAGGACAGACCAACAAAACCAGAGAGAUCGUUGUCAUUCAUCAGGCAGCUGAGCUGCUGUUUACUCCCCAUUUUGCCAGCUCGUUUGGGUCGACACACUUCCCCGUCCGCGUGACGGUUUGCGACGCCAACGAGGAUAUGCUGCGAGUGGGGAGGCAGAAAGCGGCGGAACAAAACCUACCGGGUGACAGAACAACCAGGGACGCACAGUGCACAAUGAUUGAGGAGAAUGUGUUGGCUGGCCGGCCGCCUGAUGUGGUUGUCAGGUCUUGAUUGGGUGUGUGCUGACGGCGAGUCGCUGCCCUUUGAGGACAGCAGCAUCGAUGUCGUCACCAUCGGUAGGCUGUCAGCCAAGAGCGGAGAGCCAACACGUGGAUGUAUGGAUCAAAAACAGAAGUGUCCGCAUUAUCACCUCUGUCUGUCAGCGUUUGGCAUCCGCAACUUCACCCACAUCGAUCGGGGUCUCUCGGAAGCCUAUCGUGUCCUCAAACCGGUAGGUAGAUAAACAACACGGCAGAGAGAAGGAUGGAGGCACAUUUGAAAGCUGUAUGGGCAUUUGCUGUGUGUCCUGCGUGCGCGUUGUGUCAGGGAGGACGUUUCUUGUGUCUUGAGUUCAGCAAGGUGAGUGGGACCAAUCCGCCUGCAUCACAUGACACACAUCGCUGAAUGGCCGGCCGGGUCGCUGUGUGUGUGCAGGUUGAGAAUGCGGCGGUGGGCCAGGUGUAUGACCUCUACUCGUUCCAGCUCAUCCCACUCAUGGGUCAGCUCGUGGCCAACGACAGAAACUCAUACCAAUACCUGGUAGGUAAAGUAAAGUAGCCCUCAGUACCAGAUGCCUUCGUUUAUCCGGUUGAGGCUGUGUGUAUCUGUGUGUGGUGCUCAGGUUGAGAGCAUCCGCAAGUUCCCGCCGCAGGAGGAGUUCGCUCAGAUGAUGCACAACGCAGGUACACUGCCACACGUGCAGGAGUCACAGGGUUCCGUAUCUCGGCUUUGUGCCUGUCUGUCUGUCUGUCUGUGUGUGCAGGUUUCACGAGCGUGACGUUCACAAACAUGACCUUCGGUGUGGUGGCCAUCCACAGUGGAUUCAAGAUGCACUGACGCAUGGAUGGAUGGAUGGAACACGUCGAAGCAGUUUUGUGGCCGCCGUUUUUGGCUGUGUGUGUUGCGACUGACUCGCUAGAUACACUUGUGUUUUUCCCCGUGUGGAGUGUACUCCACACACGGUGUGUCCAUAAUGUGGGUGAACGACGCGUGCAUCCGAAGGAUGGCAUGGCACCAGACGGACGGGUGGGGUGAAGGGCAGUAUGUGUUGUCGCGUGGGGCGUGUGCAAUGCCCAUCGUGCGGUCGGGGUCUGCUUAUCCCAUCGGGUGCUCGCUGGCAGGAUUGAACACAUGGGGUUCGAUUGUGCUCGUGAGUUCUUCGUGGGACACGCAGCCCUCAGCUGUGUGUGAUUG